AUGCGAAAGUGGGGCACGUGGGUCUCGGAGAUCCGCGUGCCGAGGAGCCAGUCGCGUAUAUGGCUCGGCUCAUUCGACCACCCCGAGAAGGCGGCGCGCGCUUACGAUGCUGCAGUCUACUGUCUACGCGGUGCGGCGGGCAACUUCAACUUCCCGGGGGAGCCACAGCCCGACAUCACCGAAGAGAAGCGCCGCACACUCACCCCCGACGACAUCAAGGCCAUCGCUGCUUGCCAUGCUGCCUCCGCCUCGGUGGUUAUCAAAGAUGGCGACGACGUCGGCUUCUCCGACGAGCGGAAGCUGCAGCAACUCAUCCCUACGUCGGCUUCCUCCUCUAGUGGUUGUGGUGGUGGUGAUGAGGUGAUCAUGGCUAGCAGUGGCUCGUUGGACGAGGAAGCGUCGCUGUGGGACGACUUGUCCUUGGAGAACUUCCUCUUAGAUGAAGCCGUGGUCCAAGAGAUGAUGAGCAUGUGGGAUCUACUGUGA